AUGGCGCUUUCACAGGCAGAAAUAUUCGAAGACCAAUUUCCCCUAAUCCAGAGCUGUCCUUCACUGAACGAUAUACGACUUGCUCAGGAUAUAAAAGACUUAACAAUAGAAGUACCUUUUCUUAAAGCGAACAUUUGUGUGUGUUAGGUUAAGGGAGGUGAUGUUCUCCACACCCACCGAGUGGUAUUAGCGGCCCGCGUUCCCUCCUUGCGGGCAACUCUUAGUGGUUUUCCCAGGAAUGACGAUUAUGCUAUAAAAUGGCCGACAGUGUCUCUCAGGUAAACCUUCCAUUUGUCGGUUGUUCAAUUCUACCUACUGUUUCUGCACAUUCUAGCCUCGCAACUGCGUUCAUUCAUUAUGUGUAUACCGGCCAGGUUAAGUUGACAGAAAGUAAUGUGAGGGACCUGACUAUACUUGCACGAAUUUUGAAGAUCCCUAACCUCGUGAACUGGGGAACAACUUUCAUGGCUAAUCGGUAAAUAACUUCCGAUUGAUCCUCUCAGACUGCCUGCUUUUAAGAGUCAAUUUAGAAAAUUUGUCAGAAACUUGGAACUUUGCAAAGUCUCUGAAGAUCGAACCACUGAUGGAUACCUGCGUCAGUCUAAUGAAAAAACGCUUUGAGGAUUUCGUGACCACUGAGCACUUUGUUCGUUUACCGGCCGAAACUGUGCUUGGUUUGCUUCGGAGCAAUGAUCUAUCAGUGGAGUCUGAGGACAAGGUUAUUGGGGCCAUCGCACGUUGGGUGGACCAUGCUGACGAUGUCCAUGAUGAGAGACUCAAUGUAUACGCUCCAGCAAUGUUGAAAGAGGUACAGUGGCACCUAACGACGACUCAGUGCCGCAGUCGCCUAAUGGAGACUUAUCCAACAUUUUGGAGAAGCUUCGAAUGCACGUAAGCACAUGCAAUUCAGUCUCAUGCAUUUGCCUAAAAAGUCGUACACUGUUUCAGAUUGUGAAUUGGAUUGGCAAUGCAGACCAUGAACAGUCACCCUGUCCCUUCAAUCUAAGGUCACGUCAGAAGGGAGAGGGUAGUUGUGAAGGACCCAGGCACGUUUCAGGUGUGCAGGACGAAAAAGGAGUUGCUGUCGCACCCUGCUACAGUGUCGUGCGCGACGAAACACCUCGGCCACGUCAGGCGUUCUUUCUCUUUGGAGUGGAGAAAGAUCAAAGGAGGUGGUCUGCCCUCCGUUGUGGUCCCCACCUGCAAGAGGAAGAACGUAUUGCUGAGAUGCAAGAACGCUGGUGGGCCUCCUACAGUGUGGUGAAUGGUGGGUUAUUCGACACCUACACACCUUCUUCAGCACAUAUUUAUUGAAGACAUUACUUGUGUGCAGGAUUAUAGGCCUCUCUCACCACAGUACGAAUAUGCUCCAUAAAGCAGGAAAACAUAGUUAUUUGAGCAUUUUUAGCUUUUGAGAUUGCCCACUACCUUACCUCUGAGAGAAAUGAUCAAAUUUGGGUGUUGGGCAAGUAAACCUUUUUGUCGCAAUCGGCUUUUUAAUAGCGGAGCAGACAAGUUAUCAGAACCUCUUGCCUUGCACCUCAUCCGGGCACUUUCUUUUUUACGUUUUCGUUCUUUCGGAAGAGAGCAUUUUCGUGGUUGGAGGAUGGAAAGACUCAAGACGUGUUGAGGAGCUUCUGGUGAGGGAAGGAUGCUGGCGCGAGCGGGCGCCUCUAAACGUUCCACGCUGGGGUCACGCUGCCGCAGUCCUAAAGGUUGAGGCUGUCGCCUCUGCUGCGGCCUCCGCCACCGCUACCAACGAAGAAAGUGCACUGAUUGGUGUUUUUGGCGGAUGUUUAAAGGAAGGGAACACCUGGACACGUAUUUCCUCUUGCGAAGUCUAUGACGUCAGCCGUGACAGGUAAGAAGACACUCGUCGUGGUAAGCCCCUUUUUACCAAAAGAAGCUGCUCAUCUCACUUGCCACUUCGUCUUCCAAUAGUUGGCACAAACUGCCCAAUCUGCGGGAGAAGAGGUGGAGUCCAGCCGCUGCCACCCUACCCGGCGACAAUCGAGUCUUCGUUUUCGGAGGUUUUGAUGGUUCCUUCUACCAAGCUUCCGUGGAAUUCUGUCAUUUAGCAGCGGACUGGCAAAAGCAGGCGACUUCACCAAGUCAAAAUGAAUUUUGGCUGCCAGCCGCCCCCAUGAGAACCGCCAGGUCAGGGCUCGCAGCGACACCCUUUCGGGGAAGAAUCCUGGUCGCCGGUGGGUAUGAUAGCCAAAAGCCUAUUGACAGUGUGGAGAUGUUCACGCCGCCAGACGCAAGUUGUUGCCUCGGCCAGUGGACAGAAAUAACUGGCAUGAAGGAGCCACGUUGUUAUUUCACUCUUCUAACUUCCUCCGACACGAUCUUUGCUAUCGGCGGUAAUGUCAUCUAAAUUUUUUUUAACAGUAGCGCACAAUAUCCUGCAUUUGGUUCUUAUCAUACUAUCUCACAUUUCCAACCAUAUGCCUAAUUGUUUUAAAACAGAAAGAUUAAAGCACCCGCGUGCGACUCCGUCUGCAAAUGUAACCUGACGGUGCGUUCGACAUUUUUUCACGGCAUCAGAGCUAGAAGUCGGUUGGGCCUUCAUAGCGACUCCUUUCUCUUAUCUCUAUUCUCUGGUGUAAAUUCACUUUAAUUAUUUAUGAUUUGUAGGCAACGACGACGAACCGAAAAAUACGGUGGAGGUUCUUACUACAGUAGAAGGUUCAGCUGACAUUAAUAACUACUUGACAUCUUGGACGUGGUCGUCCGUGAAGCCUUUUGGAACGCUUCACCGGAUUGUUGGAGCUGCUGGGAUUCGCAUGUAA